AAUCCAGCCGACGAAGCCGACGUUUUCUGCUUUGGGUUCUUGUUUUGGGAGGAGUCUCACAGACCUGGCAACACGGACGGUCGCUUUGUUAACUGUGAAAUGAGCCAAGAUGGCAGAUUUCGAGGAUCAGCUCACCAGUGAAGAAAAGGUCCGUAUUGCAGCUAAUUUUGUGAUCCAUGCCCCACCAGGAGAAUUUAACGAAGUCUUCAAUGAUGUGCGACUACUGCUCAACAAUGAUAAUCUUCUCAGAGAGGGCGCGGCUCACGCCUUUGCCCAGUACAACAUGGACCAGUUCACCCUCGCCAAAAUCGAUGGAUAUGAGGAUCAGGUCCUGAUAACGGAGCAUGGAGACCUUGGUAAUGGCCGCUUCUUUGAUCCUCACAACAAGGUGUCCUUCAAGUUUGACCACCUGAGGAAGGAGGCCAGUGACCCCCAGCCCUAUGAAGGGGAGGCAGCCCUCCGGCCAUGGAGAGAUGCGUGUGACACUGCACUGAGGGCCUAUGUCAAGGAUCACUACCCCAGCGGAGUCUGCACUGUUUAUGGGAAAACAAUUGACGGCCAGCAGACUAUUAUUGCUUGUAUUGAGGGUCAUCAGUUUCAGCCGAAAAACUUCUGGAAUGGCCGUUGCCGGUCUGAAUGGAAGUUCAGCAUCUCCCAGUCUACAGCACAGGUGGUUGGAGUCCUGAAAAUACAGGUACAUUAUUAUGAGGAUGGAAAUGUCCAACUGGUCAGCCAUAAAGAUGUACAGGAACCACUGACAGUGUCUAAUGAGAGCCAAACUGCAAAGGAGUUUGUGAAAAUUAUUGAAGACGCAGAGAAUGAAUACCAGAUGGCCAUCAGUGAGAACUAUCAGACCAUGUCGGACACCACUUUCAAAGCCUUACGCAGACAGCUCCCGGUCACCCGCACCAAGAUCGACUGGAACAAGAUCCUCAGCUACAAGAUUGGCAAGGAGAUGCAGAAUGCCUAGAGGACAGAGUCUGUCAGUGUUACUUUGUGCAAAGACAGAGCGAUCGGGGGAAUCGGAAAUGGAGGCAUAACUAAGCUGAUGCUCGCGAGAUGUGUGAUGUAAUGUGUGUUAGCGCUUUCUAAAGAAAGGCGCACUGUUUGUGUGUUUCGGUCGUGGCCAGGGAAUGACCGCUUCUGUCGGACACUAAGAGGCAGCGCCUUCAUUUAGAAAGGACUUGGACUGAUGUAACUGUAGCUCAUUUGCAGACAUGUUAUUUUCAACAAAUAAUGCCUUUAGUGACACUGUGAAAGUUUGGGUCAUUUCCCUGCCAUACACAUUCUCACACAUUUUAUAUGCACACACACACACACACACACACACACACACACACACACACACACACACACACACUCACUGUUUUGACCCCUUAAUGCCUGAAAUGGACCCUUUCCCCGAUGACUUUCAUGUAGCAAACAUUUUAGACGAUAUAACAUGACUCUCAUACCCUUCAAGCGCUUCCAUUGCCUGAACUGUUUAGUUUUUAUCAACAGUGAGCAAAUAUGCAACAUGAUAUCCUAUCUGACUGGAGGGAACUUGACAGCGCUAAAUUCUAUGACUUCUAGCUGAGUUGAGAAAUUCCAUCCAUUAUCCUGUAUGUCCGUGUCACUCUGGCUGCAGGGCACUAAGCCUGCAGCCCUGACAAGAGCAAAGAAAUUCACUGACAAAUUUUAGCCUUCCAUCUGAAUUGGGAGUUGCAGUUGUUUUGUUUGUCUCUGUUUCAGAAAAACAACAUUUCAGUUCCUGUGGUGAGCCCGUAUGUCCUCUCUACACCCCCUGGACUUGAAAAGUAUAGCUAUUCCCCUGUCCACUGUUUGCCUUUAGCUUUUGCUAUAUUUUUUAUACAAAAUGUAAGUACAGACAUUUAUUAUUCAAAAGGAAUUAAAAGUUGCACCAAAUAUUAUCUUUUGUGAUCAUUUUGUGUUUACAACAUGUAAUGGGUUUGGUUUUUAAAAGAGCCUGGGUGCCAAAAGUUGAAUUUGUUGGGCGGCUGCAUAGAUUGGUUUUUUACAAAUGUGUUCCGCUUUGCAGUGAUAUAUCAUCAAAAUAGAGAGGUCAGCUGAACCAUGCAGAGCAACAUAAGGAAAAUCAAGUUGGGGAAAUGGCUUUAUAAUGAAGCACACGUGGAUGCAACUGAAUUGCUGAACUGAUUGUGCAUUUGUAUUAUACUACAUCUGUAUUGGUUUAACAUUGGUUGUGUCCAACAAUGUCUGUAACCAACUAUGUCAAUGAACAAUACACAUUAUUCUGCCAUUGC